CUCACUGCCCGCUCAGCGGCUCCGAGAGGAGCGACUGCUCCCCUCCCACGAGCCGUUUGUAACCGCCCGACGACAUGCAACACAUGUCGACUGCGGCGGAGAGACCGAAACGAGCAGCCGGGAGGUCGCUACGCGCAUGCGCGAAUGAGCGUCUUCUCCUGCCCACGGCGUGGGGUUUUUUUAAAGCAAGAAUAACUUUGCUGCGUGUGCAUAAUUAAGUCAGUUAGCUGACGGUUACACGUCCCCUCGCUAUACUGUUGACACGUCGUUGUUGACGCGCUGUGUUGUUGCCGUGCGAAUGAUCCGUGCUCCGUUUAAUUCGGUAAACUAUCAGCUUGAAGCCCGUGCACGCGCGUAGGAGCCCCCAGCGAGGUGUCAUGGUGGCUCGCUGCCUCCUUACAGGUCCAGCACGCGUUGAGGAAAUGUUAAAUAAGAUGGAAUUCAUUCAUUAACAGGAUGCAUCUGAGUGAUCUUUGGGAGGGGGAGACCCAUGUUCUCUCACCUGCGGGCUGCCAUACCUGAGCUGUACCUAUUGUGGAUCACUAUGGCCCAGAUAGCUGGCCAGGAGGACAGAGAGAAAACUACUGCACUCAAAGAUUUGCUUUCGAGAAUCGACUUGGAUGAGCUGAUGAAGAAAGAUGAACCUCCUUUCACUUUCCCCAAAACACUGGAGGAGUUUGAAUAUGCGUUCAAUGAAUAUGGCCAGCUCAGACACGUAAAGACAGGGGAGCCCUUUGUGUUCAAUGCCAGAGAGGACCUCCACCGCUGGAACCAGAAGCGCUAUGAAGCUCUCGGAGAGAUCAUCACUCAGUAUGUUUAUGAGCUGUUGGAGAAAAAGUGCAACAUGACUAAAGCAAUCCUGCCAGUGGACGCCACAGAAGAUGAAGCCACCAGUUUUAUCUACCUGAGCCCAGAUGCCUUAUCCAACCCUUCUAAGCUGCUGGUGCUGGUCCAGGGCAGCGGCGUGGUGCGGGCCGGUCAGUGGGCCCGCAGACUCAUUAUCAACCAGGACCUGGACUCAGGGACACAACUCCCCUUCAUCACCAGAGCCAUCGAGGAGGGCUACGCUGUGAUGGUGCUCAAUCCCAACGAGAACUACCUGGAGCUGGAGAAGCCGGCCGUCUUCUCCCCGCUGCCCUCUCCCACCGAACCCUCCGACGAACCCGCGGAAAAGAAGGAGCGCAAAGAAGAUAAGGAGGGCAAAAAGAAGAGAGAAUUUUAUGAGAAGUACCGCAACCCACAGAAGGAGACGGAGACCGAACGGAUCCCUGUACGGGAAAACGGCUCCUCGGAGGAACACGUGCUCUACGUGUGGGACCACUUUGUGUCCAGAGCCGCGGCCAAGAAUGUUUUCAUCGUGGCCCACAGCUACGGAGGGCUGUCUUUCGUUGAGCUGAUGAAUCAGAGGGAAAUGCAGGUGAAGAACAGAGCGUGCGCCGUGGCUCUGACGGACUCGGCUCACAACAUCUGGCUACAGGAGACCAGCAAAGGCACUCAGGACUGGAUGCAGCAGCACUGUUCCAACUGGGUGUCGAGUCCAGAGCCCCUGGACACGCCACUGGACCCCAUGCUGCCCGACUGCCCCCGAGUCUCUGCAGGCACCGAGCGCCACGAGCUGACCUCCUGGAUGAGCUUCAACUCCAUCUUCAGGUUCUUCGGCGAAGUCCUGGAGGCGAAAGAAGACGAGGAGGCGGUGGAGACCUCCAACAUCGUCACCACGCGCAGCAGCUCUCUCAAAAACAAGCACCAAGACUUGUAGAGGACCAUUCAGAAUGACUGUGAACAAGAGAAGGGGGGGGGGGGCAGUUGCAAGAGAUCAAAGGGGGGGAAUGCCGAAGAGGAGGCGACGGUCCCAGAUCCCCUCUCUGCUACUUCUGUUCUCCCUCUGUAACCUUCCUCCAUCUUGUUCUCCCCGAGUGUCAUCUCUCCCUUCCAGCCCUCCCUGGAUGUGCGCACACACACACACACACACACACACUCACACACACACACACAGCCUUGUUGUUGUAAGACAGGAGUACGGGGUCACCGUGUAUACAUCACAAUAACGUUUUGCAUUACUUCUAGAUGAGCGCAACUGUCAAAGCAAUGCGAGCCUGAGUGUCGGCGCUUCCCGCUUCCCGCGGGCCGAGGCCCGGCGGCGGCCGCGGCAACAGAGAUUAAGGCUGACAGCCCCCCCCCCCCCCCCCCCGGGCUUCUUAUUUCUCAUUUCAACCUGAUCAGUGCCCAUCUUCUGCUUCUAUUUCUUUCUUUUUUAACACCCUUACCUACCACAAAUGUGUGUGUGAACACACUCUUAACUGGAGUUGUUUUGAUGACUUCUCCGCACCCGACUUAAACUGGACUUUUCUCAUUAAGCUCGGUGGUUCAUGGCUCUGCCCGACAUUUCUGGAAUUGCAGAGUUUAUAAUAAGAGAUUUAUUUUUCUCAACUUUGAGCUACAUUUAAAUGCAAUGUCUCAUACACACAUGCACACUCUUUGAUUUUCUUUUUCUAAUAUUAAGCCAAUACUUGAGCUGUAAGUGUUUACUUCGAAUAUCUCCACCAUUGAUUUGCAAAACUGUGGAUAUAGUCCAUCUCUCGGUUUAUUAUAAAUGUAUCCUUUUUUUUCAAUUUGAUAUCCUUGAAAUUGAUGUCUCCAGGUGAUUGAAUGUGAAGAAACAAAUAAAACAAACACAACCUGUGCUGAAUAUGGAAAAUGCAGGACACUGAGCAUAUUUAAAAUUACUUAAAGUCAAGCAUCAAAAUGGGUUUGAGAGAUUUCUCAUUUUCACAGGAGCCAGAGGUCAGCUCCCAACACUCAUGAAGCCUCAAUAUAUCGACUUACACAUGUCAGGAAAUCCACGAUUUCAAUAUUAUUCUAAGCCUGAAUGAUAUUUCUUUCGAUGUUGGAGAAAUGUAACACAUCUAUGUUGUCCUCCCACCAAAUGACUCUUCUUGUGCACUUAGAAGUGACAAAGUCUGCUCCCACAUCAUCUUCCUGUGACACAAACGGGAUAUAUAGUUUCCCACAAGGCAGGUGGGCUUUAUAAAACACUCGAGGCUUAAUGGAAUACAUUUCUAAUUUGUAAAAGUUAGUAAAAACUCAAACCGGAUACUAAAUCUUCUGAUACUUUAGACUCAUUCUCAAAUAUAUAAUUUUCUUCUUCCUAGUUGUUUUUUAACUUCAAUUAGUUCAUUGUUUAACUUCUACACUGUGAAGCCCCGCCCCUCCUGUCCGGUGUGUAUGGUUUAAGGCUUUUGUGGAUUAUCUUUCCGCUGUAAUGAGACAUCUGUGGCUGAUGGUUGCGGGCCUAAUUUCCUUUUAAUUCGAUUCCGAUCUCUCCAGGUUUCAGCAAAGAAGUUGGCUUAUUAUUUGAUUUGAUGAGUUUCGUUUCAAGAUACCAUUGCUCAUCUUUCUGCUUUUCAGCUACAAUCAGUUCAUUUUUCUCUCCAUAAUUUGUAUAUUGUUGCCUUAGGAAUAAACAAGACUACGCUCACUGUUUUUAAUAAUAUCCAGCAAGCCAUAUGUAAAUGGAACUGAAGAUGUAUACAAGAGUAGCCCAAAUCGAAAGCACAGCCUGCAAAUAAAAGGGGACUAAUUUGAUCAAUUCUCAAAGUCUUUAUAUUUUGCAGAUGGAUAUGUUAUAUUGGUUUAGAGAACAGGGCUGUGUGUUUUAUCGCAUAAGUCUUUAGAUUUUUAUGAAACUGCAAGUGUCCUGCCGGGUCACAUAUUGUUCCUAUAUGUUUAUCCAUUCUCUUUUUAACCCGUCUUGGUUUUAACCGGCUGCCUUAAAAUUGUUUUAAAGUUGAUUUUAUUUUUGCAAUUAACCUAUUAAAACCUGUCGAAACCCAAUAAAAUGAACUUUUGCAUUUUG